UCGGCGAAGUGAAGUGUGCAGUGACACUACGCACAACUGCUGCGUAAAUAUUUACGUUAUAGGAGGUAACCAGGCUGAACCAUAAACAAUGCAGGGCCGUGCUGAGCGCCGGUCUUCGGAUUUGGGGAACAUCGGGCGGAAGUUACACGGUCGCAGUUUGCUGAGCGGUGGGUUAUGUGGGGAGGCCAGGAAACGAUUCAUUACCCCAGCUGAGGAAAAACUACUGGACGCGUUGGUGACAGCGGAAAACACAACCAUGCCACAAAAUCCGUCAUCGAAAAAGAAAAAAAUCAGACCGAGUUCGGCCGCGGCCAAUCUUCAAAGCCAUCCAAGCUUUACUUCGGGGUUAUAUGGGAGUUCGGCCCGACCGUCUACAGCCCUCGGACAUGACCGGGGGUUGUUCGGCCAACGCCCUGCUACCCAGGCAGGGGGACCCCGACGACCGUGGCAGUUUAAAGGACAGACAGAGACCCAGCCCGAGAAAGAGGUGGUCAAGCACGGUCGCCGAUUGACCCUUGGGGCAGUGGACGGCAUCGCCGAGUCGGACAACGUUACGAGGCCAGGACAAAUUCACGGGUCUAUCGCACAGCAGCUUAAAAAUAAGUCAAACAAGGUUGAAGAAAAGAGUUUGAUAGAAGAAAAGAUUAACAUUGACACACUUGAAGAAUUGAAGAGGGCGUUUCAGCUGGCUGAUGUGAACCGAACAGGAUGUCUAGAGCUGGACGAGUUCAAGGAACUACUGAAAAGUCAGUUGGCGCUCACAGCAAACAGGGAACAACAAAUAGAUGCACUGUUUAUGAAGAUCGACUGGUCAUCGGAGGGUUCGAUCACGUGGGAUGAGUUCUGUACGUACAUGCAGUUGGAGUAUGCGGAGAAGGAAGACUCCUACCACCGAACCAAAGAGGUGUCCUUCCACCUCCCUGCCAAGAUUGAAAACAUUCCCCAUCGAGACCCCAUCUUGAAGAUAACAGAUACCUCAGAUGGAACUUUUGUAGCGUGCAGUCAGGAUGGUAUUGUCUCCUUCUGGAACACAAAUGCCGACAUUCGAAGAACAAGAAGUGUUGUGAACUCGGAACAGAACAACCGACAGAAGCCAAAAUGGAUAACAGAUUUUGUCAUCAUGCCCCAUUUCAACAAAUUCAUUGUCGGAACAGGUGACCGAGAAAUCCAGUUCUUUGAAUUGUCAUCAUUCGAGCCCUACUGCCAAGUCAGUGGUCUAGAAACAGUGCCAUUAAAGUUAGAUUACAGCUCUACAGGGUACGAUGAGUGUCUCAUCCUGUAUGGAGACAGUCAGGGGUGUGUCAACAUUCUGGUCAUCAAAUCAGCUGGUGAAUGUCUCAGGACAUGGAAGAAGAUGCCACGACAUGAUGGCUUCAUUGCCAGCAUCAGCCUAGACUCUGUGGCGAGUGGCCCCAAUGUCCAGUUCAUCAGAUGGCAGGUUCAUGGAGACUGGGUGCAGCAGCUGAAGUACUAUCAUGACAUUGGUCAGGUGAUCUCAUGUUCCAACCAUGCAAACACAGCAUUAGUCAUAGGUUGCACUAUUGGCAGCACCCAUGUGGAGCAGCAGCUGAAGGAGGUGAAGGACCCCGGUGCUGGCCAGGACAGGAACAAGGGCAAGGGCUUCUAUGCCUACAACAACACUAAGACCAGGCUGGAGGCUGACCAGGCCAUCUUCAGGGUGUACAAGGGUGUCAAGUGCUUCGACUUCUCAAAGGCAAAAAAUAUCAUGAUUACGGGGGGCAUGGAUAGAAUUAUCAGAUUAUGGAAUCCAUAUGUAUCAGGGAAACCGACAGCCAUGCUGAGAGGCCAUAAUGCCCCCAUCUUCUACCUAUUCAUUGCUGAAGAAGACAACAGGAUAUUCAGCUUGUCCACAGAUAGGUGUAUAAAGAUCUGGGACAUCCAGGAUCAGAACUGCCUGUUGACGGUGAGACCCAAGGGUCACAAGAUCCGAGGUGACCUCCAGGCUGUCCACUACUCUCACACAGCCAAAGCCAUCGCUGUCGCCACCGACCAGAUGGCCUGUCUCAGUCUCAGGAUGAAGCCUGUGCUUCAUGCUGACAUCGUAAUAACCCACAAAGAACCAGUCACCUGCUGUAAAUACAAUCCUAGCUUUAAACAAGUUGUUACCUGUUCAGAUGGGUCGGUAAUCAAGCUGUGGGAUUUUGAGACUGGGACUCCUAUAUUUGAGUACGGAGAUGCACAUGGCGACUCUGCAAUCACCACCAUGUCAUUUGACAACACAGGAAGAAGGUUGAUCACUGGUGGCCGAGAUGGAAUUCUGAGAAUCUGGAACUACAACAAUGGGCAUUGUCUAAGAGUGCUGGAAAAGGAGGAAGAAAAUGAAGAAAUUUGUGAUGUCACAUAUGUAGAGAUGAAUAAAAAUAGAUAUGUAGUUUCUGUUGGCUGGGACCGCCGCAUCAACAUCUACUACGACUCCUUGUCCGACAGCAACAUCCACCACGUACAACACCCUCUAGAAUACUGGAAUGAUGACCUGAAAAACGGGCACAAGGAGGACAUCCUGACCGUGGCUCAAUGUCCCCCGAACCUGCUGGCGACGGCCAGCUAUGAUGGGGAGGUGAUUGUGUGGAACAUGGUGUCUGGACACAUCUUCUGUCAUCUCAUACCUCCCUCUCCACCAAACUACAAGGACCAGUCACUGGAUGGGGACUUGAGCAUCAACAAGCUGGUGUUUCUGCAGACCAGGGCCUACAAGAAAGAUGCCGGGUCACUCGUGUCUAGCGGACCUCGCGCCCACAUCCAUAUCUGGAAUGUCUUCCAGGGGGGCAAACUCAUGGCACAGUUCCCUGGGUCUAGAAUGAAGGGAGCCAUGGUCAGUACGAUGAUCACCAACAAGGCCAACACCUUACUGUUCACCGGUGACAGCAUGGGCUUCAUCUAUGCAUGGGACAUCAACAACUACUGUCAUGACACACCUGCAGAUGCACCGCCUGAGUUGUUUAAGACCUGGCGAGGCCAUGUGGAGAGUAUCACGGACUUUGACUUGAUGGAAGAGCGCAAGAUCCUGUUGUCUACUUCAAUGGACUGUACUGUGCGGAUGUGGACCACUGAGGGGCAUUAUGUUGGAACGUUUGGUCAACCGGAGCCGUGGGACUUGUACAACCCUGCAACCUACCAGCACCCGAUGGUUCCAUACGAUGUUCUGAUUGACCCCAUGAGUCUGCCAUCCCAUCCACUACUAGGGGAGAAACAGACGGCCCACCAGAUCAUACAUGAAGACUCUACAUAUGGAUCUGAUGAUGAGAAGCCUCGACGGACUCCAUCUCCGCCACCUCCUGUGUUCGGAAAGUCCACAUUCUAUGUAGAUGACAAGACAAUCGCAGAACAACUCAAGGAAAAGCCAUUUGAGAAGGGAAAAGGCAAAAGAUUGCGCCAUGAGAAGCUGAAACCGGUGAGAAUUGAUCGUGGCGGCCCCAGUGAGUACCAGAUGUUACGAACCUACAACCUGGUGGACACUCCCCAGCCCAGCCCCCCAUCUCUACACUACAACAAAGACGACCCAUUCGACUCACUCUUCAUUGACUGAUCCUGCAGACCAUAUCAAACUGUCUGUAUUGGGAGGUUAUCUGCAAUAUCACCUAAACAUAACUUUAACGAAACUGUCUCACUUUACUGUUCAAAGGAAAAACCUUUGUAUCUGAUGUAUACUGAACAAAGAAAGUAGGGAUCGUGACUAUUUCUGGGGAUAUUUUUCUUGUGAAGACACGCAAAAUUUCAUGAAAAUAUCCCCUAAAAUAGUCUUGUUCCCUAACUUAAUUUGUUCAGUAUAUUUGAACUGAAAAUGUUUUGAGUGCAAAUAUUUUUGUUACUUUGAAAUAACUAAUGCAUAUGUCAUAUAUCAACAUUGCUGUGAAAUUCACAGAACAAGUUCAGAUUACGUUAACUGAAGUCUGUUUUUACAUGAACUUUAAUAUGUUUCUAUAACAACUAAUCUGGCAAUCAUGGUAAUUUCUGAAAAUUUUGCAUAAAUUCUUUUGUUAGAAAAUAAUCUACCCAAAGAGUUCAAUGUUGCAUUUUUCACAUUGCAAAACAAGUGGUACCAUCAAACAAAGAAUGUAUUUAUUUAUUUCACAUUAAAAUCUACGUUCAUAAGUCUAAAUUUGAGAAAUGAUUCUAAUGAACAUACAAUGAAUUAGCAAAUAUUAUUAUUUAUUUGUCAUUAAUUAAUGCGGCAUAUCCUUCCUUUCCUAAAUAACUACCUUAAUUUAUGAGAUUUCAGUGUGAAUUAAAAAUGUCUUUUUGAUUUUUUUAAUUCCCACCCAAAUGAUCAUUUUUAUGAGAAUUAUUCAACUGACCAUAAAAAAGGACCAAUUAUGUGAAUGACUCCUAUGCAUUAUUCUAAUUAUCAUAAAUUAGUUUAAAUAUGAACCCCUCCAAUAUCAAAAUCGUGUUUAAUCAUGUGCUAUAUCUUUGUUUGUAUCUUUAUCUGUUGAAAUGCUGAGUGUGAUUGCUGCUUCAUGCUCCAUGUUAAGUAAUUGCUUGUGAGUGAGUGAGUGUAUUUAACAUGAGCUGUUUGAUCUGAUGGUGUGUGAUGUGAGCUUACAAAACGGGUUUGUUUCUAUAUGAUUGUUACCAUAUAUUUGUUGCCAUAUACAUUGCGUUACAUUGUUGUGACUUGUGUGAUUUAUCAAUGAGUGAUACAAGCCGUUCAAGUCUAUAUCAGUAUUGUUAAUUUACAAUCGUAAAAUGAAUUAUUGUCUCAAUUGUGAAAUCAUUCAUUUAAUGUUGAGAAAAAGUUGUAAGUAUGUACACUGGCUGAGUCAUGGUAAAAACAGAUGCAUUUGGUUCUCAGGCAAUAUCUUUUGAACAUGCUUGUGGAAUGGAAAAUGUUAAUACAUGUGCUCUUGAAAGUCAGAAGUUUUGUUUCCUCCAAAAGCAAAAAACUAUUGCUAUCACCCAGUUAUGUUUCAAUGAGUGUCUCGGAAACCAAUAACAUUCUUGAACCAAUUUACAUAUUAAUCUCAUAUGUACAUACUUGACAAUUUUUAUUGACAUUUUACUAAAAUGAAAUUGUUAUCUUUAAAAUUACCUCCAAGAAUACACUAAAAAUCAUAAUAAUAAUACAAAUAAAAUGAAUUAUUAUUUGAUGACAAAGUAUAUCUAACUUGUAAUUCUUAAAUUUGAUUGAAAUUUAUUUUCUGUAGAAAUAUAUAAUCUGUCCAAACAGGGUUAUACUUAUUUGGGUACAAUGUUACAUUAUGUCAUGUUGUUUUCUCCCAUGGUUUUAAUGUCAAAAUAUGAUCUCAUCUUCUCAUGUGUACAUAUGCUUCGCUGUAAUCAUUCUGCUGUGAUAUUCAUAAUCACAUUUAUCUGUGAUAGGAGUGAUCAUGUGUUUUAUUUUAUGCAAAUCAGUAUUUGUUUUUUUUUAUCACAAAUACACAUUAUUCACUCCGCAAUCAUGAUAUGUGAAUUACACCAAGAAAGUCAGCAUUAUAUACGAAGGGGGUAUCACGAAUUGUCUUUUUGAUAUGCCCACUUAUCUCUUUUUAGAAGGGAUAAAGUUUUCCAGAAAUAUACUGGAUGAUUAUUUUUGAGAAAUCAACUCUUGAGAUACUGAUGCUUUGUGAUAUUUUCACUUUCAACAUUUACUGAGAUGAUCACUAUUCUCUGUGUGUGUAUACAGUUAAACCUCGUUAUCUUGAACACCAUUAUCUUGAAUAUACCGAUAUCUCGAACCUGUUCUCCAGUCCCAACUGCCCUUCUAUAUACAUGUUCAUGCCUCGUUAUCUCGAAUGUCCGGAUAUCUUGAAGUUACAACAUGGUCCCGCUAGCUUCGAUAUAAUGAGGUUUGACUGUAUAUGUAUACACAUGUAUAUAGUGCAGAUAUGCCACAUUCCCUCCAAAUAUUUAAUGUCUUGUGUGCAUGAAUACCUUUCUGUCAGACAGAAAUAUUUCAUGUCAUAUUUCUAUAUUCUCUCACAUGUUCAUGGAAAACAACUACAUUGAUCCUUGAACGUAUCACAUACAACCUUGCAAGUUGUUUCAGUUGCCACAAUAUACACGUAUACAAUGUGUUAAGGACUGCUCUGUGUUCUCAUACUGGUAUGCAAGAUGCAAUAAACAUCUGUGUUUCUGAUGUA